GAAAGAUCUAUGAAAAAAAGACCUUGCACCGAUGCCACCAAAUGUAAAAUUGCAUUACGUGAUGUACCUAAUGAUUUUCUUUAUUACCAUGACAUAAAAUGUGGUGCUCAAAAAAUUAAAUGUGAAUGUUUUAAAUAACCCGCGAUAUUGUUUUCGUUUAACAACGUCUGGUGGCAUUACUUAUAGUCUUGUUGGUGUAUUUGCAUUUCUCAGGACCUUCACAGAACAUGCGCAUGUUCAUGUCAAGUUUAGUGCAAAGGAAAUAAUAUUUUGGCUUUCGGUGGCCUAAAAUUAGCUAAAAUGCAUAAGUUAAAGUUUUCACAAAGGGACAAAGUAAAGAAGUUCAUUACAUUCACUCAUACUGAAGAGCAGACAGCAAUAUACUGUUUAGCGCAAAAUGAUUGGAAAUUAGACCUGGCGAGUGAUAAUUAUUUUCAAAAUCCUGAAGCAUAUUAUAAAGAGCCAAAAAAUUCGGUAGACAAGAAAAAGUUAGAAAUAUUGUUUAAUCGAUAUCAAGAUCCAAAUGAGCCAGACAAAAUUACAGCAGAUGGAAUAAUGAAAUUUCUGGACGAUUUAGAUUUGAGUCCUGAAAGUAAAUUAGUAUUAAUUAUUGCAUGGAAGUUUCGAGCAGAAACACAAUGUGAAUUUACUAAAGAUGAAUUUAUGAAUGGCAUGAUGGAUUUAGGUGUGGACAGUAUAGAUAAAUUAAAAGCUCGCUUAAGUAGUUUAGAAAAUGAAUUAAGAGACCCUCAAAAAUUUAAAGAUUUUUAUCAUUUUACAUUCAAUUAUGCGAAAAAUCCAGGACAGAAGGGUUUGGAUUUGGAUAUGGCUAUUGCUUAUUGGAACAUCGUAUUAGAUGAUAAAUUUAAAUUCCUGCCUUUAUGGUGUCAAUUUUUACAGGAACACCAUAAAAGGUCAAUUCCAAAAGAUACAUGGAAUUUACUGUUAGAUUUUGCACUUAUGAUCAAUCCUGAUAUGAGCAAUUAUGAUGAAGAGGGAGCCUGGCCUGUAUUAAUAGAUGAUUUUGUAGAAUGGGCACAGCCUAGAGUUCGUCAGUCCCUCUAACAUCUUUUUAUCACAUCUUCAUACAAAAAAAGAAGCUUUAUUUAUUCAAUUAUAAAAUCGUAUAUUCUUCAAGUGAUACUUGAUUAUAUUUUUCUGACAAAGUAACAUCAUUUUACUUUGUGUACAGAGCACGAUAAAGAGGCAGAUACUAUAAUUAUUAAAAUUGAUUGUGGUGUAUAAUAACUCUGUAAUGUAAAGAAAUGAUAUAAAAUAAUACUUGUAAACAAAGAGGUUACUCUCACGUAAUACUAAAAGUUUUGUAUGAACUUAAUUGAAAAUUAUAUUACGUUUACGUGGUAGUUUCACAGAUAAAUCAUAUUCGUUUAUCUGUACAAAGUAAUAUGAUGUAUAAUGAGUUCGUUCUAAAAAUGAAAAUAUAACAGUGAACAAUGUUGCUCAAUUACCGACGGUAUUUGCAAACUGAAGAAGUCAUUCACUGUGUUCCUUUGCACGAAUUUGGCUUGAAAAGAAGGGAAAUCAUAAGAGAACUUCGUUUAUACCUUUUUGUAGAUAGUAAUUUCUAGAAAUUGCGUUGUUAAAAAAUUGUUAUUAAAUAAAUUUUACACUCUAUGUAACACUUGUAAUAUACACACAAAAAACACAGAGAGAAAAAUCUGUAUUUUAAACUUAAUGCUAUUUCGGCACUGGUAUGCUUACCUCUCUCAUGAUCACUCGUGUGAACGAGCGAUAAAAGAAGAUUUAUUUCUGUUUUGUUAGUGCUGAGUAAUAUUUAUAUUGUAAUUCUGAGGUACUAUAGAUGAUAGGGAAAAUAAAUUAAGAAUUUUUUACAAGUUCAAAUUCUGAGUUUUAUUCGUGAUUAUUACAGAUUAAAUACUUUUUGGUUUCGAAUAUUUAUUGAUUUCAAACUUGUAUAAAGUGAAUGCGCGUGUGAUCAUUAAAAUGAACGAACAACUAAUGAAGAUAACUUGAAUUCUCGUAAAAUUUUUUGUAUGUACUACAAAAUGUUAAAGCUACUAAUGGUAUUUUAUAUUUAAUGUUUUCUUCCUAUUUCACAAUGAAAUUUGUGAUUAAUGCUUUUGUAGUUUAGUAUAGAAUAUGUGAAUUUUUCAAGAUUAUUAAUCACUUUAAUUUAUAUAUGAUACAAAGAGAUUGCAGAAACAUAAUAUGUAAAGAGAUAUGUCUCUAUAACUUUAUAGUUAACAGAUAAGGAAUCAAAACAUUAUAUCCAAUUAGGUAUAUCAACAUUGAAAGGUGCAAAGUAGAGAGUUAGCAAUAUGAAAAUAUAUCGUCCACAAAUUUUGGAUUAUAUUUUAUAAAAAUGUUAAAAUAGAUAAAAUAACGAAGUUUCUGACAUAUGUAUUCAUUACAGAAAAAAGUCCAGUUAAAUAUUGUCAGGAAUACGUUCACACAAUGCAGAAAGAAAUGUUCACAAAAAAAUGUAUAUUACAUUUCAUUUAAGUGAUACUAAAGUACAUAGAAUUUACAGAUUUAAGCUAUGUUAUUUUUUUCGAAUAGUUUAAGCAUUGCGUGAACAAUAAAGAAUUGUAAUAGUUUUAGAGUGAAAAUGUAAAUAAUGUAAAUAAACCUGUCAGUCUUACUCUGUA